AUGGCGUCCGAAGGAGAUAUAUCCAGUUCGGAAGACAGGGGCCCAUUGAGACCCGCUCCGACAUCUUCCAAGAGUACGAGCCGUCCGAAAACCAAACCAACAGCGUGCCGUCGAUGUCAUUCCAGAAAGGUGAAAUGCUCCGGUGAACAGCCCUGCAAGAACUGUCAGCAAGCGAGCAAGGGCGCAGAAUGCACAUAUCCUCGAAGGAACCGCAUGGUCAAAGUCAGCCAACGGUACAUUGACGAUCUCAUCGCCGAGAACCAGCGUUUGAAGAACACCAGUAAUGCGGCCACUCAAUCCCGCGCAGACGCCCUUCUCCCAGAAAUCACAGUGGCGCCGGUCAAGGAGACGACGGACAACGCCAUUGCCAUCCCGCCCCCUUCGCUCGAUGAACGUCCCUGGUUCUUGGACAUGAACAUCCCGCACACCCCGAUCCUCAUCGGCGAGGCAUCGGACGCCGCGUUCGCGACCCGCUUCCGCCAGGCCAUUUCGACGGUUGAACACAGCCACAUCCCGCGCGUCAACUACGCGACGGAUGAGCGGCUGCUCACGCUGUCCGACACUGAAUGCCCGUGGCCCAGCCCCGCGAGGGCGCGUCUUCUGGUCGGGGUUGCGCUGCGAUAUGUCAGCCGUUGCUAUCACAUCGUCCGCAAGAGCCUCACCAUGGAUUCCCUUGAGCAGACUCUGCGGAACCCGGCCGAGAGCGACGCUCUUCUCAAGAGCAAGCUCUGGGCACUGUUCGCCAUUGGAGCCAUGUACUCAACUCGGUCCAUGAUACCUCGUCUCUCCCUUUCCCUGCUGUAUAUGACUAACACCUCGCCGUCGUUUUACUCGCUUGCACUGAACCGACGACAUACUGCGUACGCCUUUGCUGGCUCUGCGACCAGACUUGCCGUCGUGAUGGGUCUUCAUCUCAAUGUUCCCGAAUCACAGCUCAGGGAUGCUGCUGCCCGCGAGCACAGGGUCAGGGUAUGGUGGACGGCAUACAUUUUCGACAGGAUGUGGGCAGCGAAGCUCAGCCAUCCCGUCGCCGUACAGGACGUUGAUAUCGAAGUCGAUCUCCCGUCCAACCCGACGGUGGAUGAGAGUAUUGCAGAUGAUUUUGCAGACGCCUCUUAUUUCGUCGCGAGUGUAAGGCUCGCCAGCCUGCUGGGGCGAGUCGUCCCAUCCAUCUACCGGAGAAGACAUCAGCAAACCUCGCUGUCGCACAGAGUGCAAGAAGCACUCAAAGAGCUUCGCGGGUGGUCUGAAGGACUCCCGCCAGAGCUUCAUUUAGAUCACAAACCCACGUCAGAGCGUAUACCCAAGCCAAUCUCUCUGCACCUCAACUUCAACCAGUGUGCUGUGUGCACCACACGUCCCAUUUUGCUCCACGUCCUUCGUACACACGUGGCGUCCUGGGGUGCACCAGAUGCCCCUGAACCUCAAAUCCCGGUAACCGCAAUGACGUUGGCCGAGACUUGCAUUCGCUGUGCGCGUCAUUCAUGCCGACUGCUGACGGAGUGCUGGAUCGAUGGCUCCUUUGCCACCUUUGACUACUUUUUCACACAGUACCUCUUCUCGGCAGCCACCAUUCUCGCCGCCUCCAGCCUCCUCAAUGGAAAGGAAAGCCACAACGACAGGGAGCAAUUCGAGGAGGCCGCCCAGUUCCUCUCGCAGCUGAAGGACAACGGCAACUACGCAGCAGAGGAGUUCUGCCAGCACAUUGAUGCCAUGAAGAGAACCAUGGCAGCGGCCCAGGCCCGUCGGGGAGGCUACGCCACCGAAGGAGACACCUCGGCCGCCGUGCCUUCUACCAUGCCCCCUUUCACCGAUGCGGUGACCCUUGGUCAGCCUUUCCAGACGCAGCACACGACGGCUGGCAUGGCACUCAACGAACCAUCCCUACAGGAGCUCUUGGCUCAGCCACUUCUGGACUUGCAGUUCAUCGAUGCCUCGAUUUACAACGAUGGUGCUCAGGGGCUCUACUGGCCGGAUUUCAGUCCGGAAUCAUGGACAGCUGAUGCAUGGGCGCCGACUUGA